AUGUCCGCUAACAUGUCAGUCUCAACCCUCACACAGCAAUGCCUCGACAAAUUUCAUGAGGCAAUGAGCCAGAAAAAUGAUUCGGGGCAUCAAGAUCACCUGGAAAACAGACUUGCAGGCUUCAACCUGUGGGUGGAUAACGUCGGAGCCCUGGCCAAGUCGGGCGCAUCUCUCGACUCCAGAUUCCGAUCCCGGCCUGACGACCUAGAUUUAGUGAAAAACAUCUUGAAUCUUCUUUCGGAUUUCUUAGACGAAAACCUGGCGAAAAUUGGAAUCGCGAUACGCCGAACCGGCAAAGCUUCGAGAAGUCGCAAGGCCUAUCAGUCAUUCAACCCAGAUGAGCACCACGAGUUCAAACAGCAUCUGGAGUGUUUGAUACUUCUUCGACCCAAUGAAGAUCGGCAUCACCUAUCUGGGCUGGAAAUCUCUAGUAUCAAUGAGCUCAAGGAUUCCCCAUCAGCCGAGUCAAGCGAGAAGAAUGGCAUAUCAAAGACCAAGCUUGAACAAUUAGCUAAAUCAAGGAUGGAAGAUCUCGCUUCCUCGAAGCUGAACGAAAUUCAAAAAAGACUGGUUGACGCCAACCUCAGACGCAGACAUAACUUUUUGUUAGCUCAAAAGAGGUCCCAGCGUGUCAAAAAAACGGCACAAACCAACUUCACCCCAGAUAAGCAUCAGUCUGACAUUGUUCCUCUUAAAAUCGCAAAAGUCCCACUCAGGGCCAAGGUGAUAGACCAAGCCAAUGUUCUUGCAUCCAUGGAACCUAAAGACGUGCCAACACAAAACAUAGCAGCGCCUACUGUGACUGGUUAUACAAUUGCAUCAACAGCCGAGGGGACUUUGCAGUUCGAUCUGGCCAAAAGUCAGCAACGCGCACCAACCGUUGCUCCCUCCCAGAUCUCAUUCAUUGCUGCCAACACUGAGUUUCCGAAGCCUCCGUCGUCCUUUCAAAGUCAAUUCAUGUUUAAAUGUCCUUGUUGUUGUCAAUCUCUGCCUAGUGAGGACUUUGCAAGUCCUAGUAGAUGGAGGCAACAUCUUAUCGAAGAUCUAUGUCCAUACACUUGUAUCGCACAGUCGUGCCCAACGCCGGAUAAGCUUUUCACCACUAGAAAAGCAUGGGAACUCCAUUUUGAGAAUGAUCAUUCACCUCAAUGGCAGUGUUUGUUAUGCAGCGAAGAUGAUGAGCCGUUUUCAUCAGAAGAAGAUAUAACUACACACACGCUGACUCAACACAAACAAGAGUUGUCAAAAUACGAGCUCUCGUUUCUUCUAUCCUCUGCUGAGGUGCGAUAUAUGGGACUCGAAGCGUGUCCGCUGUGCUCAUCACAUGGACCACGAGACUCGACAGAGUUGGUUGACCACGUGGUGCAUCAUGCUUAUGAAUUUGCUCUUCGUGCUCUUCCAUGGCCCCAAUCUGUAAAAGAAAAUCUUAACAAGCCGAUAGGAACGUUUUCUCUACCAGAGGAUGCUUCAAACUCUGAACAGCUUGAGAAAUGGCUUGACAAUUUAGAAGGGUCUGCGAAAGAGCUCUCUAUAUCUUCGUUUGACAAAAUGGACCACUCACUGCCGGAGGAAGACGGUAAAACCCUUGAAGAAGACUAUUUUGCAAACAACGGCUACUUUGAAGAUAGGGAAACGGCAGAUUCCUUCAAACGUCAAACGGCUCAAGGACGGUCUUCAAUAGUAUGGAGCGAGUCGUCUGGCCCAGAUCUCGCUAAUCAAGAUGGUGUGAACGAUCCUACACAAGCUGAAAUAGAUUUUUCUGCAGCUGUGUCACGAGGAGACGAAAAUGCCGUUCGCUCUAUGAUUGAAGAUUGCCAAACGUUUGAUAGCGACGGCAAAAUAAGAAAAAGAGCAUUAAUGGCUGCUGUCCAGGGAGGACAUGUCGCAAUUGUCAAAGAGCUCCUCGGUAGUGGCAUUGAAAUCAACUCACAAGAUAAACGCGGCCAGACAGCACUAUUCUUUGCUACGGAACGAAAUGACGUAUCAAUGGUGCGAUAUCUUAUCAAGUCGGGUAUUGAUAUAGAUAUUAAGGAUCACAAUGGCCUGACAGCAUUGCACAUAGCCAUUCUCCAAGGUGAUAAAGAAUUGAUCAGUGCGCUAUUUACUCACGAAAUUUAUCAAAGCUUCACAGAUAAACGUGUGAAUGAGCUGUUAUCAUGGGCAGGAGAGAAAGGUCUCCAUCCUGGUUAUAAAGUCCUAAGCAGACUACGGACAAGAUAUAUGUCAACUCCGAGCGGCACCUGGCAACCUUUUAAGGUCACAACUCACACUAGGGAGGUACAAAAGAUGACACAAGUCAAUGGCUUGACUACUCUUAUCGAUUCUAUGAUAGAGCCUGUAUAUUUCCGCCUGCUCGACGCUCUGCCGCGCGAGACUAAGAGAGUCUCUUUCAGUCUUGACGGAAAGUAUAUCGCGACCGGUAACAGCAGAGGAUAUGUAGAGGUUUUCAACUUUGAGACGAAGAAAAGCAUAUUUCAAAUGGACCUGAAAACAAAUUUCUACGUCUGGGGUAUCUGUUUUAGCCCUGAUGGGAAAUAUUUAGCCACUGCGUCCCGUCGCAGUGUCGAGGUAUUUAAUAUUGCAACGAAAGUCUUACAACACUAUUUUCCUCACGGCGACAUUGUUUAUGCACUUGAUGUCUCAAAAGAUGGUCGUUUGCUCGCAUAUGGCGGUGGCAGUGGCACUGUUCACAUUUGGGAUUUGAAAAGAGGAGUCGAAAUCAGGACUUUUAGGGCAGGUGAAAAGAUUAUCUUCGGCGUAAAAAUAUCUCCGGAUUCCUCUUUUGUAGCUGCAGGUGGCUGGGACGGCAAUGCCUACACUUGGGAUUUGAAAAAAAAGCCCUCAGAGGUAAAGGGGUUUCGCCACGGGCGUAUCGUUCAUCGCCUGACUCUCUCUUCAGAUGGCAAGUAUUUGGUUACAGGGGGGGAUCCUUCUCUCAAAUUAUGGGAUCUGGACACUGGCGCAUGUCUUUCAAACUUCGAGAAUACCAACUCUCUGGUUACUGCGCUGUCAAUGACUCCAGACGAUAGGUGGAUCGCAACUACCUUAGGAGACGGAUCAGUCCGGUUCUGGGAUCUGACAACAGGCAGAAGUCACUGCAUAUUCGAUGCACACAAGAAACGUAUCAGCUACAUGGCGAUUAGCCCCCUAGGCGGCUAUUUUGUGACAGCUUCCAGAGAUGGUAUGCGUAUCUGGUCAUAUGGUACUCCGGGGAGCGAUGAAAUGGGACAGUAG